GUCACAAGAUGGACUUGGACUUCCCACUCUCCUUCGCCUCCGACGACGAUGGCGGCGACACACCGACACCACCUGGCCGCGCCAUCUGCCACGCCGGCUGCGGGCGCCCGUCCCGCGUCUGCCUCUGCCCGCACAUUCCCCGCUCCCCGCUCCACACAUCCACCACCGUCGUCGUCCUCCACCACCCCCACGCCCUCCACCGCAACCCGCUCUCCACCCUCCCCCUCCUCGCCCGCUGCCUCGCCAACCUCCACCUCCUCCCCGGACGGCGCCUCCGCCCCUCCUCCACCCCACUCAUCCCCCCUCCCUCCCCGAACCCCGUCCUCCUCCUCUUCCCAUCACCCGCCGCCUCCGACCUCGCCUCCUGGUGCCGCUCCACGCCUCCCUCCGCGCGCUCCAACCCCAUCCUCCUCAUCCUCGAUGGCACCUGGAAGCAGGCCAAGGAGAUGCACGCCGCCAGCCUCCCGUUCCUCUCCUCGUUCGCCAUCCCCGUCUCCCUGCCCGUAGACAGCGGCGUGGACGGGGACAGCAUGUUCGAGUCGGAGCUCGUGGUGAAGAAGGAGCCGCAUAAGGGGUGCGUCAGCACAAUGGAGGCAGUCGCAAGGGCGCUGCGGCUGCUUGAGCCGGAGGGAAGCGGUGCGGAGAUCGAGGAGACGAUGGUCAGGGUUCUCAGGGCGAUGGUGGCCUUCCAGUCUGAGCAUUUGCAGCACCGUACCAUGAAGCCGAGAGUGAAGAUGAGAAAGAAGAAAGAUAUCAAGAGGGAGGAGGAGAUGAAGAGGAAUGCCUGAUUGUUGUGAUUGAAUUUCUGCGGAUUUGCGUUCCUCUGUUGUUCAAAGGCCAUCACUGUCAAUCACCAAGGAUGGUUUGGCUUCUCGAUGAUCACUGGGACAAACAACACCGGUCGUACGCUAUGGCGGUGGAGCAGCGGGAGCUUGCACCUUUGAAGCUUCGUUCUCACGGGGUCACCCUUGGGUGGAUGCUCUAUGAUGAGCGAUACACACCGUAUGUAAGGGAGACAGGACUUCUCCCUUUCAUUCAUAUGGUCAGACGGUCGACGCCACCCAACAAUGCUCCAGCACUCACCGCGCUUAUUGAUCAUUGGUGGCCGGAGACACAUAGUUUCCAUCUACGGACCGGGGAGAUGACAGUGACGCUCCAGGAUAUUGCUAUGAUCACCGGUCUUCCUAUCGAUGGGAAUCCUCUAUGUAUGAGCACCGAUUCCGAUGGGUUGCGCGCGUAGAUGCAUGCCCUUAUCGGUAUGGUUCCUCCGGAGCCUCGAAACCAGCAGCAGAAAACAAGAAGGAAAGAGUUGCAGUCAGUGUUACUUUCACGUGGAUUACUGAGCACUUUGGUACUUGCCCACCGGAAGCUGAUGAGGACACGGUCAAGACAUAUGCUCGUGUCUACAUGUGGUAUGUGAUAUCCAGGACUAUGUUUGCUGAUGGCACAGGCAAGAAUGCUUCAUGGAUGUGGCUGAAGGCGUUGACCGUCUUCGAUAGCAAUUGGAGUUGGGGUUCGGCGACACUGGCUUACUUGUAUAGACAGUUGGACGAAGCCUGUUGUAGGUCAUCUGGAGGUAUUGGUGGUUGUUUGCUCGCACUUUCCAUAUGAAGCUGGGAGCGUUUGCCGGUUGGACGUCCGAAGAAGGUGAAGUACGAUGAUUGGGACGACAAAGGCGACCUACUACGGCUACCCACUUGGGCUUACAAGUGGGAUGUGAUAAAUGAGACGAUAGAUGAUCCCUCGGUCAUGUACAAGUUGUACCAGAGCGAGCUUGACGCGAUCACGCCUGAGCAGGUGAUAUGGGAGCCGUAUGGAACAGGAGAUAGUUUUGGUAACCCUUUAGAGUUCAGGCUGAAUCCGAUGUGCACUAGGGAUAGGGAUCUCUGGCGUAUGCGGUGCCCACUCAUAUGCAACUGGGCGGUUGAGCUUCACCUCCCACAUCGAGUGCGCCGUCAGUUUGGUUUGUUCCAGGCACAUCCGCCGGAGUGGGAGGACAUGGACAAGUUGUUACACGCGUUGGAUAGGAAAAGGCAGCGGAAGAUUAAGGAUUGGGCCAAGCAUCACAGAAAGUAUGUCGUAUAGUUUGCGCUUAGUGUGGAGCAAGCUAGGGUUGGAAAAGGAGUCCAGCUUCAUGAGCACUGCCCUGUAGCGUUCAACAACUAUCUCACAUGGUUUCUUGCAAGUACCCGUGCGGAGGUAUGCAAGCCGGCGUAUGCUGAGGAGAUUUUGGAAGAACCCACUGUUUUUGAUGAGGUAGCCCAACACCAGUACAACGCAUUAGUCAGGAAAGGCAACUCAGUGAUCCCUUCAGCUCCAAUGAUGAACUUUGUGCGUUCCCAGAUCAAGAAAGCAGUUGAUGAGACCGAGACUAUUCUUGAAACAACCCCGGCUGGCAAAAGCGAUGGAGAAGGUGCACUUCGAGCAUUCAUCAAGCGCCAGGGCCAAAAGUUAAGGCGGCUAUCAAACCUUUUUGGUUGUCAUGACCCCGAGUAUGUAUCACCAGAACGGUCUAGGUCGGCGACACCAUCAGAUCCCGCUUCGGGCCAGAGCCAUGGUGAUCAUUUGGAGGAUGAGGAUGUGGGUGUGGUCACCCAAGAGGUUGCUGAUGAUGAUAUGACCUUGGGGACGUACCAGGUUAGGUCUGCAUACAUGCUAAAGCCUAGAAAGGGAAUCAACAAGUACACACCUGAAGACUUCACCGAAAGAGGCAAAAGGACGGUCGGCACCUCGCGGAUGGCGGCUUUGGAUGACUAUUUGGAUGACGAUGUCGAUGACGUGGAGGAACCGGAGCCGGAGCGGGAGCGUGUUCCUCUUCCUAGGAAGGUGAAGAAGUUAGCCAGCAAGAGGGGGGAGCAGCCAAAAAGCGCUCAAGGAACUAGCUCUUCUUAGGAACCAACCAUCGUCCUUUAUUUGUAAUGUCGGUGAACUUGGAGUUGUUAUGUCGGUAAACUUGGAGUUGUGGUAGCCCUAUGUUGAACUUGAUCCUCUUUGUAUGUCUUAGUUAUGUUGAACUUGGAGUUGACGCCUUAGCAAUGUUGAACUUGAUCCUCUAUGUUGCACUU